AUGCCUUUCAAGAAAUUCAGGCCAAAGUUCUCCAUUUACCAAGUUUGCGUAACUAUACUCGAAGCGAAACACUUGCCGCAAAAUGCGAAUCCAUUGGUUGUCGUUAAAGUCGGCAAUCGUAAAAGAAGAACGGUGGUACGCGAGAGGACCGAUAAUCCUAUUUAUAACGAGUACUUCGUAUUCGACUUCACGUGCAGCCUGAACACUCUACUAAGUACGGGAAUCACGAUAGCGGUGUACCUGCGGAACUUUCUUCGGCGAAAGUUUCAUGGAAGCAUUUCCUUUGAGGUCGCAACAGUGUGGGAACAGCCAGAUCGACAGUACUUUCAUAAAUGGGCCGUACUGACGGACCCAAAAAACCCGGCGGCGGGCCCGAAGGGCUAUGUAAAGUGCAAUAUCACGGUGAACGCGAAGGGCGAGAAAGUGAAGGUGCAUCCAGAAACGGAAGGUGAAGAAGACAUCGAAGGGAAUUUACUGCUGCCUAUUGGAAGCGAGAGACUGUCUUUCGGACAACGUGCGCGUUACAUUUUCGUCAUUUAUCGCGCUGACGGAUUGCCAGACAUGAGCAGCUUGUGCAGGAAAAGUGAUUUCGAGAACAUUAAUCCCUAUGUGCAAAUAUCGUUCGCCGGAAUGAAAGGAUCGACAAGCGAAGAGUGGCAAACCUACUCCCCGAGGUUCCGCGAGGGCAUCAUUUUCAAGGAAAUGUUUCCUGUCCUCUGCCACCGGGUACGAAUCACUAUAAAGCACCGUAUUGACAGUUGUCGGACGUGCGUCGUAGCAUUUCAUAUUCUGGACAUGGCAAAGAUCUCCGGAGAGUACGAAUUCUUGCCGACAUACGGACCUUCUUUUAUCCACUUUUAUGGAUCCGGCUCAGUGGAGAAGGACGGUUGUUCGGGCAGAUGCUUGACGGCAAUGCCUUUGUAUCGUGGGAGGGUACUUCUGUCGUUGAAAACUGAAAUGGAUGACCCAGAAGCGUCGCCGGGAAUCCGGGUUGAGACACUUACGGCAUUUUCUAUUGUCGAGAAAAGUCUAUGGUCGACUGACGAAUACCUUCUGGUCGGCGUGCUUUAUGAUGUGUGUAUGAUCGAUCGUUCCCGAUUUGGAUGGAAAUUGAUCAGCUUGGAACUGAGUCUGGGAAAUGCGGGCAAUCGGCAGUUCCCGCAUAGCCAAUGCGCUGACAGCAAUAACGGCGACCAAUCAGAAAACGAGCUGCUAAAAAAGCGCCCGAUCUUCGAGAGCCAAUCAGUUCCGCGAGCCACUGGUACCUUGGACGGCAGAUAUAAUUAUGUACCCUUGGGAUCUAGGAAGCCUUGCCUGUACGUAAAAUCUUGGUGGCCAAAUUUGGAAUGGCGAAUGUGCAAUAGCAAUAAUCUUCGAUACAUCGCCGAAUUUUUGGAGGUAAGCCUAGAGAAAUUGGAGGCCCUCGUGGUUACGCGGAAUCCGACAGCUUUCGAGGUUUACAACGAGACGAUCCGCGCGUUGAAAGCUCACUGUAAACGAUACCUAUACGUAUUGAAUGCCGGCAAGUAUGAAAAGAAAGGUGGAACUACGAAACUCGAUCGCUAUCGCGCGAGCUUGUGUCUUCAAAGCGUUGAGAAUAUCCUCGAGAAAAUCAAGAUCAACGGCGAGCUUCCCAACAACAAUUACAUGAGGAUCGCCAUGAUUCACGCGUAUCAAUAUUUGAAAAAAUUACGGAAACUGUCCGAAGACCCUCAGCACAGCCUGCCAGAUGUCUUCAUAUGGAUGAUCGCCGGUUCGAAACGAGUCGCUUACACGCGAUUGUCCGCGGCGGAGAUCGUGCAUUCCGAGGAAACCGCAGAGGCAGGAGUGAAAUGCGGCCGACGUGUCAGCUUCUUUCCCGGAAAUCCGGACGACGAGGACGAAACCGUCGAGUACAGUGCCUGUAAAAUUGAGGCCUUCCUGUGGCUCGGUAACGCAAAGUACGCUGCCGCGUGUUGGAGCGCGAUUCCGCCGGGAUACGAGAUCGAUGACAGUAUGAACGUCAAUGUCUUCCCGAAGUAUAUCGAGUACACUCAAUCCUGGACGUUCCAGCUGCGAGCUCAUAUAUUUCAAGGUCGCUUCGAUCCUGGGAUGGACGCUUCCGGCUUGAUAGAUUCUUUUGUGCGCGUCACCUUUCAGGGAUACACAGCUUCCACGCAAGUGAUAAGGCAAAGCUUAGAUCCGUUCUGGGAUCAAACAUUAAUUUUUCCCCCAAUUAUCAUCCAUGGUACUAAAGAAUACAUUAAAUCGUCACCACCCGAAAUUGUCCUGCAGGUUUUCGAUCAGGAUUUAUGCGGUACGAAGGAGUUCUGCGGCAAAUGUAUCGCUGUGCCAUUAGUGAAACUCGCCAUGGAAACUUACUCGCCACCCGAUUUCCCACCGAAAUUGCAAUGGUACAAAUUUCAAUCGCGAAAAGACUGCACCGGUGCGGUCCUCGCCGCUUUCGAGUUGAUAGAAACGGAGAACAAGGAGAUGUUAGACGUUCCAUUGAACAUUCCGGCGGAGGAUAAGAUUUACAGCAUCCCGCCGGAUAUCAGGCCGAAAAUGGCAAGCUACAGGCUCGAGGUAAUCUUUUGGGGUGUUCGCGACAUGAAGAAGAUAAAUUAUAUAUCGGUACGCAGACCGAGAAUCGUAGUGGAAUGCGCCGGCAUCCACAUCAAGUCGGAAGUGAUGAAGAACGCAAAGAGAUUCAGCAACUUUGAGGAACCGCACAUUAUGAUCGAAUUGGAAAUGGCGGAGCUCGAUAUUUAUUAUCCGAGCAUCACUAUAAAAGCUUACGAUUCCCGUGGAUUUGGCUGCUUCAAAUAUGUAGGGAUCUGUAUUAUACCCAACAUCCGUAUGUUCCUGGAGCAAUUAAUAACUGUGGAGGAUUAUGAUGCGCAAAUAUACGAGUCGACAUUUAUGCAAAAAUACCGGCUAGCGGAACGACAGACGGCGAUUAUAUUACCCUUACCAAUCGAUUAUAGUCCUUCGAAAGAAGACAGCAAGGAUCUUAUUCCAUAUAAAAAAAUGGCUGGAACGGACGUCCACUCCAAGCUGAAGAAGCUGUUUGUAAUUAUAAAGGGGAUAUUAAAAUUCAAAUUCCUUAAGAGAAAAAAAAUGGAAAUUUAUGGAGACAACGAUGAUGAGACUCUUGAUUGGUGGAGUAAAUAUUUUGCUUCCCUUCAGGAAGAGAGAGAUAGAGAAUUGGGAAUGACGACAACGUUUCGUCGUACAUUCGUGGCAACAUUCAAGAUCUAUUCCUCGGAGCUAGAGAUGCAGCCGCAAUUCGAGGGGUUUCAGGACCGGCUAAGCACUUUUGAGUUGUGGCGCGGGACAAAAGGCGAGAAUCAUUAUCAUACUGAAGAGAAUUACGUUGGCAAAUUUAAGGGACAUAUUUCCAUAUACCGAUGGCCGCAUCCUGACAAACUUCCAUGCAAAACGAUAAACGGAAGAGACGUGGCUAAUGGCGUGUGCAACGAUUAUCCGCCUCAAGAGUCUGUUAAGCUGCUCGUUAGACUCUACGUCGUAAAGGGCAUCAACUUACAGCCUAAGGAUCCCCUCAGCGGCAAAUCCGACCCGUAUCUCUGCGUGAAGCUAGGAAAAAAUUUCAUCAGCGACAGGAAGAAUUAUAUACCCAAUCAAUUGAACCCUACGUUUGGCCGCGUUUUUGAGAUCGAAGCAACCUUUCCACAGGACUAUAUGUUAGUGAUCCAAGUGUGGGACUUUGACGUCACGACGGCCGAUGAUCUAAUUGGCGAAACGCGAAUCGAUAUUGAGAAUCGAUUCUACAGCCGGCACCGGGCCCAUUGCGGAAUCGCGAGCGUUUAUAGCACCAGCGGUUACAAUACCUGGAGGGAUAGCGAGAGGCCGACGCAGAUUCUGGAACUUCUUUGCAGAAAGAACAACUUACCGUCACCGGAAUACAGUGAACGUGAGGUUAAAAUCGGCAAGACAACAUUUCCCUUUCAUGCCAUAAUCGAACGCGAAGAUGAGAUUGACAAAAAAGAAUGCAUGGCUCUGAACGUGCUUCACUCUUGGCAAGAUUUUCCUAUUUGCGGAUCCGCCCUAGUAGUAGAACAUGUCGAGAGACGGCCGCUUUUCAAUGUUAAAAGGCCCGGUCUCGAGCAGGGCAAACUCGAAAUGUGGAUCGAUAUGUUUCGUAUCGGACAAUUGCCGCCGAAACCGGCAGUCAGCAUUGCUCUUCCGACACCGGAGGAAUAUGAAAUUCGCGUGAUAGUUUGGAAUACCGAGGACGUGCCGUUGGUCGAGAGCCAAUUUCUCACCGGAGAGAAGUGUUCCGACAUUUACGUCAAAGGAUGGAUUCUGUACGAGGAUUAUCAGAAAACCGACGUUCAUUACAACUCCCUAACCGGUGAAGGUAACUUUAAUUGGAGAUUCGUGUUUCGUGUCACGUAUUCGAAGGGCGAGCAUGUCAUGAUAGUUCGCAGAAGAAUGUCGGUCUUCGCUAAAAACGAGAUCGAGGAUAAAUUGCCAUGUAAGCUUCAUUUGCAAGUCUGGGACAGCGAUCAUUUUUCUCCGGACGAUUUUCUAGGAGAGGUGACGCUUGACUUGUCGAGAAUGCCGCGGGGCAGCUCAAACUCCAAAAACUGUACAAUGAAAUUACUUGAACCGCAAUUGCCAACCGUGAAUUUAUUUAAAGUUACGCGAACUAAAGCUUGGUGGCCAUUUGUUCGCAGUAUCGACAGCGGAAAAUAUAUUCAAGCGGGUAAAGUGGAGUUGGAAAUAUCUGUUAUGCGAGCAAUGGAUGCGGACGAUCAACCGGCAGGCAAAGGAAGAGAUCCGCCUCAAGAACUUCCGUUUCCAAGGCGACCUGACACUUCUUUCUCUUGGUUUCGCAAUCCAUGGAAAGCGUUCCGCUUUGUCGUUUGUCGCUAUUAUAAAUGGCGAAUAAUAUGCUGCUUUAUAUGCACGCUAUUCGUACUUCUAGUAGCAUGUGGAAUUUAUGCUUUUCCCGGAUAUUUUGUUAAACGUCUCUUAGGCGCUUAA